AUGAAGACUCCGAUAUCUUCAUGGAAUGUUGCCAACCGGCUAAAGAAGCGCCAGCUUCUUAUCGCCAUCAACACCGUCGCCGCCUUAUCUAUCUUCUUCUUCGGCUAUGACCAGGGUAUGAUGGGCGGUGUCAACAAUGCGAAGGACUACAUCGAUCUUAUGAAAUUCGGCCAUACGGAGACGAUCAACGGCUCGCCGCAUACACCAGUUAUCACUGAUAGCUUGUUGCAGGGCGGGAUCGUCUCCGUGUACUAUCUGGGUACCCUGAUAGGCGCCUUAUUCGGUGGAUGGGUCGGUGAUAAAAUUGGGAGAAUCAAAUCCAUCGCCCUGGGCUCUGUGUGGGGUGUAAUUGGAGCUGCAUUGCAGUGCUCGGCUCAAAACCAUGUCUGGAUGAUCUUCGCACGCCUUGUCAAUGGCUUUGGAACGGGUAUUCUGAACGCCAUCGUGCCCGUUUGGGCCACGGAGACUGCCGAACAUACAUCCAGAGGGCAAUUCAUAGCCAUUGAGUUCACCCUUAACAUAUUCGGCGUGGUUGUCGCAUACUGGCUGGAGUUCGGUCUCGCCUACAUCGACGAUGGAGUCUCAGCUUUUCGAUGGAGAUUCCCCAUUGCGUUCCAGAUUAUUCCUCUUCUCAUUCUUUUCGCCGCAGUCUGGUUCUUCCCAGAAUCACCCCGAUGGCUCGUCAAGAUGGGCCACGAGGAAGAGGCACGGUACAUCCUUGGCAGACUUCGCGGUGACGAAGGAGAGGACGUUGCCCGAGCAGAAGCCGAAUUCCAAGAUAUCAAACACGUUGCAGAGCUUGAAAGGACACUCUCAUAUAGCACCUCCUACUUCUCCAUGUUCACGGGCCGUAAGACGGGAAAGCUGCAUCUGGGAAGACGAGUUGAGCUGGUUGUGUGGCUGCAGAUUAUGCAGGAAUGGGUCGGCAUCGCCGGUGUUACCAUUUAUGCGCCUACGAUCUUCCGAAUCGCGGGAUUUGAUGCCAUGAAGAGCCAGUGGAUUAGCGGCUUGAACAACAUCUUUUACAUGAUCUCUACGUUGAUUUGCGUCUUUACUCUUGAUCGCAUUGGUCGCCGAUGGACGCUAUACUGGGGUUCUACCGGGCAAGGCAUUGCCAUGUUCCUUGCUGGGGGUUUCGCCCGACUUGCGAUCAAUGCCACGGAGGCCGGCGACGCGUCAAAGGCAUCACGCUACGGAGCGGCAGCGGCGGCCAUGAUCUUUAUAUUUACUUUUGUCUUCGGAGCAACGUGGCUAACCGUUCCUUGGCUGUAUCCUGCGGAGAUAUUCCCUCUAGCCGUGCGCGGCAAAGGCAAUGCGUGGGGAGUCGUAGGAUGGAGUGUGGGCAACGGCUGGCUGACGCUCCUCUGUCCCGUCAUGUUUGAUUCCAUAGGUGAGAAGACCCUCUACAUCUUCGCCAUUAGCAACGUCAUCACCAUCCCGAUGGUCUGGGCGCUGUACCCGGAAUCCAACCAGCGCACGUUGGAAGAUAUGGAUCUUCUCUUCGCCGCCGACAACCCCUGGACCUGGGACGCCGAGCGAACAUUCACGCAGCUUAAAAACGAAAACCCCGAUUUCGCCCAGGCAGCCGCGCAAUUAAAGGGCGGGAAGCUGGACGAGGAGAUAGGAAAGCUAGGGGUUCAAGAGCUGCCGGAGAAGGAGUAG